AUGAAUGCCAAGGGUGUGGGAGAAGACUCCCUGGGAAGGAUGUCCUCAACAAGUACACCCUCACACUCAGGUGGAAGACUUCAUGAACACCAUGACGGUGGUAGAAAAUUAAGUAAGAAUAGUACCCUUAACACACACACCCUUACACACACUGGUGAAAGAAACCAAGAAAGUGAAGUUAGUGGAAAAGGAUCCAGUGUGAAGAGUUCCUUCAACCAACGCACUGUUAGAUACAAUGGUGAAAAAAAUCAUGGAUGUGAAAUUUGUGGGAAACGAUUUACUCUAAAGGGUAACCUCAACAUCCACACACUCACACACACUGGUGAAAGAAAUCAUGGAUGUGAAAUUUGUGGGAAACGAUUUACUCUAAAGGGUAACCUGGACAGACAUAUCCUAACACACUUUGGUGAAAAAAAUCAUGAAUGUGAAUUUUGUCGGAAACGAUUUACUAGGAAAAGUACCCUCAACAGCCACACCCUCACACACACUGGUGAAAAAAAUCAUCAGUGUGAAAUUUGUGGGAAACAAUUUACUGAAAAGAGUAAUCUCAAUGACCACACCCUCGUACACACUGGUGAAAAAAAUCAUGAAUGUGAAAUUUGUGGGAAACAAUUUACUGAAAAGAGUACCCUCAACAAACACACCCUCACACACACUGGUGAAAAAAAUCAUGAAUGUGAAAUUUGUGGGAAACGAUUUACUAGGAAAAGUAUCCUCAACAACCACACUCUCACACACACUGGUGAGAAAAAUCAUCAAUGUGAAAUUUGUGGGAAACAAUUUACUGAAAAGAGUACCCUCAAUGACCACACCCUCACACACACUGGUGAAAAAAAUCAUGAAUGUGAAAUUUGUGGGAAACGAUUUAGUAAGAAGAAUAGCCUCAACAAACACACCCUCACACACACUGGUGAAAAAAAUCAUGAAUGUGAAAUUUGUGGGAAACGAUUUACUCAGAAGAGUCACCUCAAGAGACACUCUCUCACACACACUGGUGAAAAAAAUCAUGAAUGUGAAAUUUGUGGAAAACGAUUUACUGAAAAGAGUACCCUCAAUGACCACGCUCUCACACACACUGGUGAAAAAAAUCAUGAAUGUGAAAUUUGUGGGAAACGAUUUACUCACAAGAGUCACCUCAAAAGACACACCCUCGCACACACUGGUGAAAAAAAUCAUCAAUGUGAAAUUUGUGGGAAACUAUUUACUGAAAAGAGUAACCUCAAUGACCACACCCUCAUACACACUGGUGAAAAAAAUCAUCAAAAAAAUCAUCAAUGUGAAAUUUGUGGGAAACGAUUUACUCAGAAGAGUCACCUCAACAGCCACACCCUCACACACACUGGUGAAAAAAAUCAUGAAUGUGAAUUUUGUGGGAAAAAAUUUACUCAUAAGUGUAACCUCAAAUUACACGUCCUUGUACACACUGCCGAAAGACCUCAUGAAUGCUUUGAGUGUGGCAAAAGGUUCAUUACCAAGACUAAUUUGAACAAACAUACCUUCAGACACUCCUGCCUGAGAAAGUUCAAGUGUGAUGUUUGUGGGAAACAUUUCAAGGUUAAGGGGGAUAUUGCCCAACACAUGAGGAUCCACUUCCCCUGAAGUGUUGUGUUGUGCU